UUUACUUUUUAUUUGACAUUGACAGCUGUACUCCUUACUGUCUCUUAAAUUUGUUCGUAUUGUUGGUUUUUUAAUCAAUUUUUCAGAAUGGCAGCCCGUUCUGCAGCAUCCAGGCGUGUGCCAGAAAAUGAAUCAACAAUCGCUUAUGUUCAGGCUGAUGGACUGGCUGUUAUGAAAAUAGUGAAACACUGCCAUGAAGAAUCUACAACAAAUAUGGAUAUUGCUCAAGGAGCGUUAUUGGGGCUGGUUGUCGAUAACAGAUUAGAAAUAACCAAUUGUUUUCCAUUCCCAAAACAGACUGAUGAAACUAUGGAUGAAGAUGAGUAUCAGCUAGCCAUGAUGCGCAGACUGCGGAGGGUUAAUGUUGAUCAUUUCCAUGUAGGUUGGUAUCAAAGUGCUGACGUGGGAAACUUUUUAAGUCUUCCACUAUUGGAAUCACAAUUUCACUAUCAAACGUCGAUAGAAGAAUCUGUAGUUGUUAUUUAUGAUACCCAGAAAUCUUCCAGAGGUUUCCUCACUUUUAAAGCCUACCGUUUAACUCCUCAAGCCAUCGAAAUGUACAAGGAGGGUGAAUUUACCCCUGAAGCUUUGUUGAAAUUGAAAAUAGGUUUUGAGAAUUUAUUUACUGAAGUACCAUUCCUGAUUAAGAACUCUCCAUUGUCAAAUAUUAUGAUGUCAGAAUUAGCAGAAAUGGUGCCGGAAGAAGAAGGCUCUAAAUUUUUAGAUCUGGGCACUGCCUCUGUCUUGGAAGGUCAACUGCGCUGCUUGAUGGAUCGAGUCGAUGAACUCAAUCAAGAAGCUAUUAAGUUUAACAGGUACCAACAGUUGGUUAACAGGCAACAGCAAGACAAGCAGCGCUACUUGCUUAAGCGGGCACAAGAAAACGCUGCCCGAGCAGCCAAAGACGAGCCGGCGCUACCAGAGGAAGACAUCAAUAAGCUGUUCAGACCACACCCUGUGCCGCCAAGGUUGAAUCCGAUGAUUAUCGCUGGGCAGAUUAAUACCUACAGCCAAGCCAUCUCUCAGUUUUGCUCUCAAUCUUUGGCUAAGCUGUAUAUUACGCAGGCAUUACAGAAUGCCAAGGAAACGAAUAGUAAUCAUUAAAUUUUUUAUAUUACUGUAAAACUUUCCCUUAAAUAAAAUACGAAACAAUUUCAAA